AUUUAAAUGGACCCAUACUGUAUAUAUAACAGGCCACUCGCAUAGUUGGACAGUAAAACUGUUGUUGCAUCACAUAUGUCCACUUACAAUUACUGAGACAGAGGACAUUUCCAGUUGAUCUCAACAUAGAUGAAGUGUUAGGUUGUCAAGGGCCAAAAUGGGAUCUCUUACAAAUGACAUCAAUCAAGAUUUUCAGGAUGCCAUUGAUGUAAUUCAGCGCCACUCUCUGCACAACGACACAGAAAUUAAAUACUAUGAGAAUUUGGAAAGUCAACACUCGCCUGGUCGACAUGCAAUUUCAUACUAUCAGUUCACACCCCAUUUUGAACCCCAAGGAUCUGCAUAUGAAUGGAAUGAAUCCUCAUCAUGGUCGUCUCACAUUGUGCCGGAAGUGUCUCUGAGUGCCCUGAGUUCAACGCCUUCACCGUUUUACUCAAAUUUACCACUGCGUCACAGUAAAGGCCGCAAGAAGUUGCGCUUAUAUGAGUAUCUGCACGAGGCGCUCAACGACGACAACAUGUGCGACUCCAUUCAGUGGACAGACAGAGGGAGCGGCAUCUUCCACUUCAUCUCGAAAAAUAAAGAAAAACUGGCCGAGUGCUGGGGUCAACGCAAGGGAAACCGUAAAACCAUGACCUACCAGAAAAUGGCACGCGCCCUACGCAACUACAGCCGCACGGGUGAGAUCGUAAAAGUGCGCCGCAAACUCACCUACCAGUUUAACCCCGCAAUACUGCAGAGACUGAGUUCAGUAUCGGUCUACACCUCGGGCCCUACGUCCAGAGAAGUUACCCUUCAUCAGCAAACGUCUGCUGCCGAUCAUGUAUACUACAGUUCAGCUGUCCCUGACUGUCAUUACUGGUACAGCCAGUACUCUUACCAGGGCGAUUAUGACCUCGCCACUGUAUUAACGAUGCAUCAGGACCCAAAACAGGGGUGAUUUCUCAAUGAAACCAAUCACGUUCAUUGCAUGAAUAUUACAGUUUCUUUUGCAAAGUUAGUGAUGAAAAAAGCAAGCAUAAAUGUGUACAGUGCCUGAAAAUAAGUGAUUAAAAUGUGAUCACAAAGGACACAUACAUUGGCCUCAGGAAAAUAGUUGGACACUUUUGUGACAUUUAAAAUGGCAUCGAAUGACAACAUACUUGUCUUGAACAAUGUUUUGCUUUAUAAGUGUGUUUGUGUCACUGUAUAUUAAAGAGUUAAGUACUGCCACCUUGUUUGAUAUUUCAUAGAAUGCAAGGCCAUAUAUACUUUUUAAAAGUGGUGAUUAAUUUGACUAUUUAACAUAUGCUAUAGAUCUUGGGUCUUCAACUGGUGGUCCUUAUUGGGGGUCCUCCAAAUAUUGUGUAAAUGCAACAAUAUGCAACAAUUUAAUCUAUUCAGUUGAAUUCAAAUGUUAUGCAGUAUUCUGAAAAUUAUUAUUUUAAUAUCUUUGUAACAUAACCAUCACAUGUUAUGUUACAUCACAUAUACUGGGGGGUCCCUGGUCCUGAUGUAUAGAUUAUUUCUCGAAUUGUUUAUAUAAAGAACUCAACAGAUCAUUUGUUUUAUCACUCAAAUAAACCUUAAGUACACCAUUAAAUUUGUUUGUUAAAUGUUCUGUAAGAGACAAAAAGCCACAGUAAAAACGCCUGUACUGAUUUCUUUGCUAAUACAAUGAGUCCUUAUCAUCUUGUGUAUCACUGCUUUGUGUGUCAUAUUACAAACCGAUCUCAAAAUACCUUCCUCUUUGUAAGAUAAAGAUCAUACGCUAAUGUAGCGCAGUACAAAAACAAGGUUCUCUUCCAGAAUUUUCACGGAUAAAAAUGUAAAGACUCCCU